AUGCUGAAAGGCAUCUACAGUCACACAGAAAAGAUCCAGAUGUCAUCUACAUUCCGAGGGUCCAAGACACUGCGUCUCCAAAGGCAACCCAAAUAUCCUCAGAAGAGCAUCCCCAGGAGCAACAAGUGUGAUCACUAUGCCAUCGUCAAGUCCCCCCUGACUACCCAGUCAGCUAUGAAGAAAAUAGAAGACAACAACACACUUGUUUUCAUUGUGGAUGUCAAGGCUAAUAAGCACCAGAUCAAACAGGCUGUGGAGAAGCUCUAUGACAUUGAUGUGGCCAAAGUCAAUAUUCUGAUCAGGCCUGAUGGAGAUAAGAAGGCAUAUAUUUGA